AUCUGGUUUAUUCGCGGGACGAGUACGAGCCUAUACAUUCCCUCUCUCAGAGACCAAACGAUGAGCAAAGCUUGUACUUUGGUGGAGGAGAAGGGAUGUUCAAUGUAUGGGAUCUCCGAGCAGGGAAGUCAGUUUUCAACUGGGAGUUACAUAAAUACAGGAUACACACUGUUGACUUCAACCCGCGAAACCCGCAUCUCAUGGCUACAAGCUCUCAAGAUCGUACUGCUUGCCUUUGGGACUUGAGGACCAUGGGAGCCAAGAAACCAAAAGCACUGGCGACUGUAGAUCAUGCCAAGGCUGUGUACUCUGCUUACUUCUCACCUUCUGGUCUCUCACUUGCAACUACAAGCCGUGACAACUAUGUUGGUGUUCUAAGUGGGGCUAACUUUGAGGAUACUUCCAUGAUCUAUCACUGUAAUAACACUGUUCGUAAGAUCUCCAGUUUCAGGGGGGUAUGGGGUUGGGAUGAUUCAAAUAUCUUUGUCGGCAAUGUGGCAAAAGGAAUUGGCGUCAAUCAGACAAAAGGAAUUGAUGUGAUCUCUACAAAACUAAAGCGAACAGUGAAGAAGCUGCAGAGCCCUCUUGUGAAAGAUGUUAUAAGCAGACUCCACUGCCAUCCUCUUAAUGUUGGGAUGCUUGCUGGUUCCACAGCUGGAGGACAUGUCUAUGUUUGGACCACAAAGUAGCAUAUACUUCAACCAUUCUCAAAUCACAUUUUUGUAAUCAGCAUGAGGGUUUCUUUUGUUUUGGGAGCAUGUCUUGAAGGUUUCUUUGUGUUCCACAACAAUCUCUUUUCAUUGUCUCUUGGAAAAUCGCAAGUGUCUCUUUCAUCUC